UGUGUGUGGUGUGUGUGAGCAUCUGUGUGUGUGUGUGUGUGUGAGCUCCUUCACUCUCACGGACAUAAUCCAGACCGAGCGGCGUGUGUUCCUGGUGCCGAAGCCGCUUUGCUGCGUCACCCUCGGCCUACCACAUUAAUCCCUGCCCGGAUUAAACGACGCGCCUCCCCACUCUCCCUAAACGGGUCCACUAAAGCCACGGGGUCAGCGGGCUCCCUCGCUCUCACCAUGAUGGCCCAGGCGGGUCAGACUCCCCUGCAGCGGCUCCGCUUUAAUAACGUGGCUCUGAGGAAGCUGCCAGUGGACGCCUCUCUGGAGCGCGGCUCUCGCACGGUCAGGGGGGCGUGUUUCUCUCUGGUCGAGCCGCAGCCUUUGCUCAGACCCCGCUUCGUGGCCGUGUCCCCGCGCGCUCUCGCGCUACUGGGCCUGAGCGCCGAGGACGUCCUGACGGACCCGCACGGACCCGAGUACCUGAGCGGCUCCGCAUUACUGCCCGGCUCCGAGCCCGCUGCCCACUGCUACUGCGGACACCAGUUCGGCGUGUUCGCGGGGCAGCUGGGCGACGGGGCCGUGUGUUAUCUGGGGGAAGUGGCUGCCGGAGCAGACCGCACGGAUCCAUGCGACCGGUGGGAGAUCCAGGUGAAAGGCGCGGGACUGACCCCAUACUCCAGGCAGUCUGAUGGCCGUAAAGUGUUGCGCUCCAGCAUCAGGGAGUUUCUGUGCAGUGAGGCCAUGUUCGCCCUGGGCAUUCCCACCACUCGUGCAGGCUCACUGGUGACAUCUGACCUCUAUGUGCAGAGAGAUGCAUUCUAUAGUGGCAAUCCCAGACCAGAGAGGUGCUCCGUGGUCCUACGCAUCGCUCCAACCUUUAUCAGGUUUGGUUCAUUUGAAAUCUUCAACCCAGCCGAUGACUUCACAGGAAGGCAAGGUCCUAGUGCUGGUCUACAUGAUAUCCGUGCACAGCUACUUGAUUACGUCAUUGAGACGUUUUAUCCCGAGAUCAAGACAGAGCACACGGAUCGUAAGGCCAGGAAUGCUGCCUUCUUCAGAGAGGUGACCGUACAGACCGCCAGACUAGUUGCCCUGUGGCAGAGCGUGGGGUUCUGUCAUGGAGUUCUCAACACAGACAACAUGAGCAUCUUGGGCCUCACCAUAGACUACGGCCCUUUCGGCUUCAUGGACAGGUACGACCCUGAGUUUGUGUCCAAUGCAUCGGAUAAGAAGCGACGAUACACUUUUGAGGCCCAGCCAUAUGUGUGCCGCUGGAAUCUGGCACGCUUGGCAGAAGCCUUGGGAUCUGAGUUGCAGGCAUCCACAGCAGGAAGCAUCCUGGAUGAGUUUAUGCCGCUGUACAGAAACUUUUACCUGGGCAACAUGAGGAGGAAGCUGGGGCUAUUGAGACGAGAGGAACCAGAAGAUGAGGAGCUUGUGGAGGAUUUGUUAAAGGUUAUGCACAAUACAGGUGCAGAUUUCACCAACACUUUUCGCUUGCUGAGCAGUGUGUGCUGCCCCCUUGUGGGAGAGAGUGGUCAGGGUGAUGUGGGGACAGUGGUGGACCUGAUCCUGGAGCAGUGUGCCUCGCUGGAGGAGCUAAAGGUUGCUAAUCACCCUACCAUGGAGCCCCGUGAGCUGGAGAUGAUUCUCUCCAUGGCAGAAACCAGUCCAGGUCUGUUCAACAUGACAGCCAAUCGGCCAGAGGUCGCAAAGCAACUGGAGAAGAUUGGCAGGCUGAAGGAGCUGCUGGAGACCAAUCAGGAAGAUCUAAAGGUCAAGCAAAGAGAUGACUGGCUGAUAUGGAUGAACAGAUACAGGAAACGGCUCACGCAGGAAUGUGAUGGCAUGAGUGACCCGGCUGGUGUAGACAAAGAGAGAGUUAGGAUUAUGGACUCCACCAAUCCUGCAGUGGUACUUCGGAACUACAUCGCCCAGAAUGCAAUAGAAUGGGCUGAGAAUGGAGAUUUCUCUGAGGUUCAGAGGCUUCUCAAAGUUCUAGAGAACCCAUACUCUGUCCCACCGGACCUGAAGCAGCCCAUCUGGCCGGGGAAAAAGGGCUCAUGUGAGACCAAAGGUUCUACAAGGCAGAGUGUGAUGGAUAGCGGAGAGAAGAAAGGCACAGCUGACACUGUCUGUCUUCCUUACCACACCAAACCUCCAGAAUGGGCACGAGAAAUCUGUGUAACGUGAUCAUCCUAAAGCCUCCCUGAUAAACACACUGUGAGAGGGUGAGAGUGGAGGGUGGAGGAAGUCUCUGCCCUUUUCUCUCCGUCUCUGUAAAAGGUGAGUUAGUAUUCAGGGAGGCUCAGCAGCGCAGGACACUCCACCCUAUAAAUCACUCCAUGCACAGAUGCAGAGACAAUGAAGAAUGUACCAUUCACUGCCCAGUCCAUGCAGUUCCUUUAUACGGAAACUUGGAUACGAAAACAGCUCAUUUCAAAUUCAUUGUUGUUGUGAUGUAGCAAGAACCAACUUAUAUAUAAUAUCUCGCUGCUGUCUGAAGAAAGCCUCACAUCUCCAAAAUGGUAAAUUUACAGGAGAAGGAAAAAACAUGC